CAGUGCCACGUACGUCAGCAGUGCCACGUCAGCAGCGCCACGUCAGUCACAGUGCCACGUCAGCAUGACAGGCCCAGCUCUGGGCAUGCCAGGCCAACUGGCCAACGAGUCUCUGGCCGACUACAAACGGCGGUUCCAGGCCCAGAUCGCUCUGAUCGAGACUGAGGAGCAACGCCAGCUGGCAGCCGAGGCUGCCCGCGUACAGGCUGAAGAAGCGGCAGCAGCAGAGAAGCUGCGGCUACUGGCCGACGCAGACGCAGAUGCCCAGGCUCGCCGCAAGGAAGCCCAGGAUCUGCUACAGCGGCAUGAAGCCAACAGCAUCGACAGACUCAAGUUCUGGCACUUUGAACCGAACGGCGACGAGGCAACACCGGAAGAGCAACAUAAGGAGUUCCUCUCCAAACUCGUGACACGGUUGUUGUAUGCUUGCAACUACCAACGGUCCGAGUUGGAGAGACAAAACCAGGAACUGCAACAGCUGUUCCAGGAUCUGAAGCAACAACACCAAGAGUUGGCGAACCUCCGCCGGAUGGUGCAGAGCCACGAGGAUGCGACACGGGCACUCAAUGCCCGUGUACUGGAACUGGAACAGGCAGUACCAGGACCAGAUGCUGGUGCCUCCAGCAGUGCACCCUCUAGCYGCCAACUGGAGGAACGCGUUGACCACGUAGUGGCAAUGCUCGGCGACAUCARCMCCUUCGCUGCGCCGACCACCAUCAGCAGYCAGCUGGAUGCAUUGAAGACCGAGGUCCAGCAACUGCAGUCGACGAACACGGAUGGCAAUCCAAAGCAAUACAAGAUGCCAACUUUUCAACUUGACAGGUUCGACGGCUACACGCAUCAGGACCCGGUGCUCUGGUGGGAAGCAUUCACGACGCAACUUUGGAUUCUGCCUGUCGCCAAACACGCGUACAUCGGAGCCUUGUUCAUGAACUCAAAGGGCGGAUGCCAGAUCUGGUUGACUUACCUGGCAGCCACCCAUGGCGUCGACGUUGCGGAUCUGAAGGACAAGAUCACAUGGGAAGAGUUGACACGGUUGUGGAAGAAGCGGUUCAUCAUCGACGACAAACCAGCACUAGCCAUCAACCAUCUCUUCACCAUGUCUCAGGGCAACACAGCAACACGGGACUGGCUCACGGAAUGGCAAAAGAUCGCGGCAGUGCCCGGUCUGGACUUACCAUUCACGCAUCUACGCCGUGAGUUCUACAACAGGUCAUGUGCUGCACUGAGCCAGGCACUUGGUGAUCGCGAGCAAUACACCACCUUCGCUGAGAUCAUUGAUAAGGCAAGGGAGAUCAUCAAGACCAACAGGUCGGUUGCACACGAGAAGUCAACAUGGCAGCCAACCUAUGUGGAGAAGGUGAGAACUGGUCCGCGACAGCAGAAGUUCGCUGCAGUCCAAUCGGACAACACUGUGGAAGACCCGGCAGCCACCCAAGCGUCACGUGAGGGAGAUCAGGUGGCUGUUGUCCAGCCGCGAAGCAGCAACAAACCCCGAGUGAACGGGAAGGCGAAAUCAGCAUCACCGGCCGGAAAUGGACAGCCAACACCACCAUGGGUCAAGUUCGGCUUGACCGAGGCCGAGUACAAGUACCGCGGCCAUUACGGCUGCUGCUACUGUUGCGCAGGAGGUGAGGCGACUCCACCUCUCACUCCGCCAGAUUCGGCCGCCUUGCUAGCGGCCUCCUACACAUCUGGGGAGGAUGCGCAUGUCGCAAGUCCUCGAUACACUUACGAGGAUUAUGCUGUCCACUUGGUUCCACCGCUGGACCAACCGCUCCACGUGCAACAAUCUACCGCAUGCACGGUUUCAUCACCAUCGACAAUCGAUUCGGCAGCUUCGCCGUCAUCUACCGCCGGGGAUUCAACGUCAUGGUCAAGACUUGAAGAGCUCGACCCGUUGACUUUUGAGGACUUCCAAUGGAUGCCCCUGCCCCGGUCCGGUCGAUUGCCGAAACCGCAUUGCAACGUGCUCAAAGCACAAUUGCGGGAUUACUUGCACACUGCAGUACCGACUCCGUUGAUGGACGUUGGAGUAGAGGUUGUCGACCUUCACGCCUACAUUGCGAAGAUCGACCGCGAGUUCAAGACGCAACGGUACGACGACAUCGACGCACCAUUGCUAUAUGUACGCAUUCAGAUCGGAGAGGCGACCUGCAGCGCUUUGAUCGAUUGCGGAACAUCUCGCAACUACAUGAGUCGGGACUUCAUGGUACGCGUCGGCCUUGGCCCACGAGUCCGAAGGAAGUCCCAGCCCACGCAAGUCACGUUGGCGGACGGUCACACGCACAAGUCAAUCGACCAGUGCAUUGAUGACGUCCCAGUGUACUUUGCCCCUCACGCAAGUGAGGCGGUGUCCUUUGACAUUCUGGACACCGAAUUCGACAUGAUCUUGGGCAUGUCAUGGCUGCGAAGCGAGGACCACCCGGUGAACUUCUACCGCCGCACCGUUCAUGUUCGCCUGCACGAAGUAGUACCGGAUCGGCCCAUCCGCCACGAGAUCAUCCUCGAGGACCGGGCCGUACCUCCGCGCGGUUGCAUCUACCAAAUGAGCGAGGAAGAGUCAAGUGUGCUUCGGGCACAACUCGACGACCUUCUGGAGAAAGGCUGGAUUCGGCCUAGCUCAUCGCCAUACGGUGCUCCUGUUCUCUUCGUCCGGAAGAAGAACAAGGAUUUGCGGUUGUGCAUCGAUUAUCGCAAGCUCAACGCGCAGACGAUCAGAAACGCCGGCCCUCUCCCACGCAUCGACGAUCUUCUCGAGCGACUGGGCGGCGCCAAGUUCUUCUCCAAGCUCGAUCUCAAGUCAGGAUAUCACCAACUCGAGAUCCGGCAGGAGGAUCGCUACAAGACCGCGUUUAAGACGCGAUAUGGGCAUUUUGAAUGGCUGGUUAUGCCAUUUGGCCUUACGAAUGCCCCGGCCACUUUCCAAGCGGCUAUGACAACGGACCGGAGUUUGGAAGAGCAUGUGGAACACCUGCGCACCGUUUUGGAGCGGCUACGACAAGCCAAGUACAAGGCCAACCGCGACAAGUGCGAAUUCGCGCGACAGGAUCUGGAGUACUUGGGACAUUAUGUGACGCCGCAAGGCAUCCGUCCGCUUGCGGACAAGAUCGAGGCCCUACCAAUAUGGCCCGAGCCCACCAACACCACGGACUCGCCAAAGGUGCCAUUCGAUGACGACGCACGCCGGUCAUUCCAAGCACUCAAGACGGUCAUGCUCAUGGCACCCGUCCUUAGCAUCUAUGACCCUGUCCUGCCUACGAGAGUGACUACGGACGCUUUCGGCUAUGGCAUUGGGGCAAUCUUGGAACAAAACGAUGGCGACGACUGGCACCCUGUGGAGUAUUUCAACCACAAAGUGCCUCCCAUCAACUCGCUUGAUGAUGCAAGGAAGAAGGAGUUGCUCGCAUUCGUCAUGGCUCUCAAGCGAUGGCGACACUUCCUCCUUGGGCGUCGUAGGUUCACAUGGGUUACGGACAACAAUCCAUUGACCUACUACAAAACGCAGGAUACGGUGAGCAGCACGAUUGGACGAUGGAUGUACUUCAUCGACCAGUUUGACUUCACACCGAAACAUCUACCCGGCCUCUCAAAUCGCGCAGCAGAUGCACUCUCGCRAAGACCAGAUCUUUGCRUUAUGACACAUCAUGCCUUCGCAUUCGACGAGGAGCUUCAGCGACACUUCAUCCGGGCAUAUGAGUCUGAUCCGGACUUCGCCACGCUGUACGCACAGCUAUCUUCGGAUCACCCGCCGGCCAGCCACUAUCGCAUUGCCCACGGAUACUUGCUCCUCCACUCGAGAGGCAAGGACUUAUUGUGUGUCCCACGCGACCGUCGUCUUCGGACUCGCCUUCUCGGGGAGUACCACGACUCGCGACUCGUCGGCCAUUUCGGAGUCAACUGCACUAUUGCACGGCUUCGACAACAAUUCCGAUGGCCUGACCUCAUUACCGAUGUCACUCGGUAUUGCGACUCUUGCGAAGUUUGCCGACGCAGCAAACCCCGCAACCGCAAUCCCUAUGGCGAGUUACGCCCGAUGCCUAUCCCACGGGAACCCGGUCUCUCCAUUGCCAUGGACGUCACCGGUCCGUUCCCUCGCGACCGGCUCGGGCACGACGGCAUCCUCACGGUUGUGGACCGAUUGAGUAAGUACGCGCGUUUUCUUCCUUGCAAGUACUACUCCACGGCUCCUGAACUGGCACGCCUCCUGCACACUGGUUGGAUUUGUGGCCACGGUGUACCAGAAGACAUAGUCAGCGACCGCGACACUCGCUUCAUGUCGGCAUUUUGGACUGCUCUCAUGCAGGAGUCCGGCACGAAGAUGAAACCAAGUUCGGCUCGGCAUCCACAGACGGACGGGCAAACGGAGCGGGCACAUCAAAACGCUCAAAUGAUGCUUCGUACACUCAUCCGUCCGGACCAGAAAGAUUGGGUUGACCACCUCCCCGACAUCGAGUUCGCCUACAACACUUCGGUGCAUCCGGCGAUCGGCGUGACUCCAUUCGAGUUGCACCACGGUGGACGGAAAGGCCGGAUCUUCGCCGACCUUCUCCUCCCUCAACCAGCCGACAUUGACGCUGCUUGCUCUCCCGCUUCCAUCCGGACGUACAGGGAAUUGCUCACUCAAGCCCGCGCAGACAUGCAAAAGGCUCAAGUCCUCAUGCAGCAGCAAGCCAACAAGCGUCGCGUACCAUGUCCCAUCCGCGCUGGUGAUCUGGUUUGGGUCUCCGCAGAAGAGUUUGCACUGGAACAGGAUGUUUCACGCAAACUGCUUCCCAAGUGGUUUAGACCAUGGUCUAUGACAUCAGCCGCGGGCGAUGAGCCCGAUGGCCCUUCAUUUAUGAUCAACAUUCCCGAGCAUCUGACGGUCCAUCCAGUCUUUCACGCAUCAAAUCUGGCAACAUAUACACCAGCUAAGAGCAACGACUUCCCGGGCCGACGAUCGUAGGACCGUCCAUCUAUGGAUGGUCAUCAGGAGGUUGACCGCGUCAUCUCGGAUCGCAAGUACGACAGCAAGCCGCGACAGU